AUGCCGCCACCACCGCCUCCCCCUCCGCAACUCCACAUGCCCUCGCCGACAACAGUGCACCGUCCCUCUCCGCCACCUCUUCUCACAACUCCACCCCCCCAGCCCUGGCCCCCUACCCAGCCCAGCAGCCAACCCGCUCGUCACCCCUCCCCCAACCCGCGCAGAAGCACUUCCCGCAAACGAAAGCCCUGGCGCAAGCUCCUCUGGGUCAAGCAAGACUACCCCGACAACUGGGUGGAUCCUACCUUUCUCUCCCAGUUACAGCGAAACAUCAAUGUCCACCCUUACGACUUUUACUCUCUCGUCGCCGACUCCACGGUGAUCGUGCAGCACCUCUCUUCUGUCGUCAUCUUUGUCACGUCCUUCAUCGCCAUAUCGGCGGAGCGUGUGUCCCCCGUUGCGGUUGCAGUUGCGUCCUCGGCGCUGACAGUCGCGGGAUGGGCGAUAUGGGAUAUGGGCUACGAGAAGAGGGAGGCCGCGACGGAUAUGCGCCAGCUGGCUGGGCUGGGCGCGGCACCACACUCGAGAACCCCAUCCGGGAAUCUAGUUGGAGGUAUGACGGGAGGACUCCAUUCGCGCACGCCGUCCGGUAAUGGUGCGUCAGGCGCGGCGGGGAGCUAUUUCCCGCCAUACCCGGCCAGCACCAGCGGCGAGAGCGGAUCCCCGAUCAAAAAGGCACCUCCAGAAGUGAGUCCUGAGGUCGACAAAGCACACAUGAAACAUGCGCAGCGGGCUCGACGACUCACAACUGCGAAAUCGGCCGCCUUGAUAUAUUUUACGUUACUCGGCCUCUCCCCCAUACUCCGCAGUUUGACAACCACUAUAAGCGUCGACAGCAUCUGGGCCAUCGCGACAUGGCUCUUCCUCGCAAACUGUCUCGGAUUCGACUACGGGUCCGGUGUUGAAGUCAAAUUCCCGGCAUCAUUACCCACUAAUGCUGCUAUUACGAGCUCUGUAGUGCUUGCAUCGCGCCUUCCGGACACCACGCACGUCUUCUCUUUAAUCCUAUUCAGCAUACAAGUAUUUGGGCUGUUCCCCGUCUUCAGGCGGUAUCUAAAGCAUGUGAGCUGGAAUCUCCACGUGCUAUUGACAGUCGUGCUUGUGCUGGGCGCGGCGGGAGGGCUCGGUGCUGUUGUGGGGUGGGGAUGGUCGGUCGUUUGGGUGUGUGGUGUUAUUGGUGGAAUGGGUGGGUGCGGAUGGUGGCUGAUUGGGCUGCAGAAGUAUAAGAAUGAAAUCCAUGGACCGUGGGAUCCGGCGAGACCGGUUAUCAGACGGCAAUGGGAAUAG